GGAUCCCGGUGCAGGGUGGGGCAGGGCUGUCCCAUUCUCCCGCAAGCCUCCUGGGCACAGGAGAAAACUGAGAAAACUGGGCACAGGCAGGCGCUGGCUGGGGAGGGCACCAGCCGAGCUCCUAGCCCCUUCCUUACGCCUCUGCCCUAGGCCAUGGCUCCAGGCCCUGGCCUCCCUGCCUCUCUGGCUCUGUGCAGACCCCGAACCCCGGCGGCGCCCGACGACAGGGCUCCACACUGCGCCGUGCCGGGCACCGUGCUCCUGCUGCUCGCCUACCUGGCUUACCUGGCGCUGGGCACCGGCGUGUUCUGGGUGCUGGAGAGCCCCGCGGCGCGUGACUCCAGCGCGAGGUUCCAGCGCGAGAAAUGGGCGCUGCUGCAGAACUUCACGUGUCUGGAUGGCCCGGCGCUGGACUCGUUGAUCCGGGGCAUCGUCCAAGCGUACCAAAGUGGGGACAUCGUCCUUGGCAACACCACCAGCAUGGGGCGCUGGGAGCUCGUGGGCUCCUUCUUCUUUUCUGUGUCCACGGUCACCACGAUUGGCUACGGCAACCUGAGCCCCCAUACGAUGGCCGCCCGCCUCUUCUGCAUCUUCUUUGCUCUUGUGGGGAUCCCGCUCAACCUCGUGGUGCUCAACCGACUGGGGCAUCUCAUGCAGCAGGGAGUGCAUCACUGUGCCCGCAGCCUGGGGGGCGCCUGGCAGGACCCUGCCAAGGCUCGGUGGCUGGCAGGCUCCGGUGCCCUCCUCUCGGGCCUCCUGCUCUUCCUGCUGCUGCCCCCACUGCUCUUCUGCCACAUGGAGGGCUGGAGCUAUGUAGAGAGCUUCUACUUCGCCUUCAUCACCCUCAGCACCGUGGGCUUCGGCGACUACGUGAUCGGGAUGGACCCCUCCCGGAGGUACCCGCUGUGGUACAAGAAUACAGUGUCCCUAUGGAUCCUCUUUGGGAUGGCGUGGCUGGCCUUGAUCAUCAAACUCAUCCUCUCCCUGCUGGAGACCCCGGGGAGAUCAUAUUCCUGCUACCACCACAGCUCCAAAGAGAACUUCAAGCCCCAAAGCUGGAGGCAGAGCCCCGAUGGGGAGGCAGAACCCCGUUUGCCACAGUCAGGCUGCUGUCCAGAGGGGCCUGUGAGAAUCAUGCAGCAUCCAGAACCCUCUACUCAGGUCUCAUGUUGUGGAAAGGGCAACUAGUUAUACUCCCGUAUGCGUUCCAUCUUCCUCAGUAACAAGAGCCCUGGCUUUAAGCUUGGCACAUAACCACCCAGACUAAAGACUACUUUUUUUUAUCUUCCCUUGAGGCUAUUUGCAGCUAUAUGGUUAAAUUCAGCCCAAUUGAAUACACGGAGAAGAAUCCUGUGGGACUUAUGGCUGACUUUUUGUGGCAGGUAGUGUGCUCCUCUUCACUACUUCCUUUUUCUAGCUGGCUGCAAUACUGAUAUAGUGGCUGGAGCUCUGGCAACCAUGUUGCACCAUGAGGUAGAAGCCAUGUUUGAGAUCGGUGACACAGUAAGACAGGAAGAGCCUGGGUUCCUGAUGGUUGAAGAGCUUCCCUAACAAUCUGGACCGAAUACCUUCAGACUUCAUUUGUGUGAGUGAAAAAUAAAUGUCGAUCU